AUGGCCGUUGUUCCCAAGUUCGUUCUUAAAAGUAAAAGUCUUCCAAGCAUUCCGAAAAAUGUUCAAUGCUUAUCACGUGAAAAGGUUAUUAAAAGCACCAUUUAUACCCAUGGAUAUUCAUAUCCUGAGAACGCCCAAUUGGCUCUCGAUCUAGAGGAUAUUGUACGUGCUAAUGGAGGAAUUCCUGCAACAAUUGGAGUUUUGGAUGGUGUAGCAUGUGUUGGGUUAACCAAGGAGGAGUUGAUUGCUGUCGCAUCUGCAGAAGGGAAACGGGAGACUAUGAAGGUCUCUCGUAGGGAUUUACCUUAUAUUUUGGGGAUGGGUAUUUCUGGACGCAAAAUUACCGGAGGUACUACGGUUGCUGGUACCAUGAUAUUAGCGCAAAAAGCUGGAAUUAGCGUUUUUGGUACUGGUGGUUUGGGUGGUGUUCACCGUGGAGGUCAGGACAGUAUGGAUAUUUCUGCCGACCUCAGUGAACUUGGACGCACUGCAGUCGCCGUAAUUAGCAGUGGCUGUAAAAGCUUUUUGGAUAUUCCUCGUACAUUGGAAUAUUUAGAAACUCAAGGAGCUGGUGUCUUUACAUUUGCAGAUGGACGUACUGGACCAAUCGACUAUCCAGCAUUUUACACACGUGAUAGUGGUGUCAAGAGUCCGAUGGUUGUUCAGAAUGCUCAAGAGGCUGCUGCUAUUAUCUAUGCCCAAGAUUUCUUCAAACCUACUAGCGGUUUUCAUUUUGCGAAUCCGAUUCCUGAAGAAUUCUCCAUUCCUAAAUCCGAAAUUGAUUAUGCAAUUGAUCAAGCGGUCCAAGAAGCUGCCGAACAGGGUUUCCAUGGUCAUAGGAAUACUCCCUUCAUACUGGCAAGGAUCAAAGAACUUACAAAGGGUACUAGUGCUGCAGCGAAUCGGGCGUUGAUAGAGUCUAAUAUAAAAAUGGCGACUAGAGUUGCCAUUGAGCUUUCUAGGUUGAGAUUAGAUAAAACCGAAAGCUGUAUAGUUGUAGUAGGCUCAAUAGCCAUAGAUCUUUCUUGUGACUAUACUCCUCGUACCAACCAAUCCACAGGAGGUUCUUCACCACAGAUGCACACUUCGAAUAUCGCCAAAAUCCGCUCCUCAAUUGGUGGAGUCGGCUAUAACGUCUUAAGAGCAGCUCAACUUAGUAGCAAAGGGCCCGUCAGUCUCUAUACUUUUAUUGCCGACGACCAGGCCGGAAAGACAAUACUUCAGAGCUUACAAGCCAACGGAAACAAUACCGAUGAUAUUACAAUAUGUUCAAAGGAAUCUGACUACCGCACAGCUCAAUAUGUAGCCAUCAAUGACGGAAAGAAAGACCUCGUCAUAGCUAUGGCCGAUAUGGAUAUAUUUACUAGACCAUCAAAUGAUUCAUCUAUUCAAGCCAUGUAUAAUAAACUCAGCACUCUUACUUCCUCCACAAAAUGGAUCAUCAUAGACGGAAAUUGGCAAGCAGAAGUAAUCCAGGAAUUUCUGCACGCCGCCAAAUCACCAUCAUCAACCAUCAAGAUCGCAUUCGAGCCCGUUUCUACCACAAAAUCAGCACGUCUUUUUGAGCAGCCCAGCAAUCCAUCUCUCAAAAUCAAGAAACUUCCCGUCUACCCAAACCAUAUAGUCGAUCUCGCAACACCUAAUGAACACGAACUCACCUCUAUGCACGAAGCGGCAACUACACACGGAAAAUUCGAAAGCGAAGAAUGGUGGAAAACCAUUGAUUCCCUCGGUAUUCCCAGCACGGGCGCUAGAGAUCGUUUCGUACACAUGACAUCGCCAGAUCUAACCAAUAAAGGAAUCCCCGUCAAAGCCAUUCAACUCCUUCCCUACAUCCCUACCAUCCUUACGAAACUCGGAGCUGGGGGAGUUUUACUUACUUCUAUAUUAAGUGCUAGUGAUGCGCGAUUGCGAGAUCCAGAUCAUGCACCGUAUAUACUGGCGCGUUGUACGAAUGGGAAUGAAGAGGUUGGGGGUGUGUAUAUGAGGUUAUUUCCAGCGGUGGAGAAGGUGGUGGAUGGGGAGGUGGUUAGUGUUAAUGGGGUUGGUGAUACAUUUUUGGGAGUGUUGAUUGCGGGGUUGGCGAGGGGAUGUGAGUUGGAUGAUGGGUUGAUUGGGAUUGCGCAGAGGGGGGCUGUGAUGACUUUGAAGAGUUGUGAGAGUGUUAGUCCUGAGGUGGAGAGGUUGAGCGAGGAAUUGGAUGGGUUGUAUAAAGGGAAAAGUGGGGGAAGACUUCUUAAGUAA